AUGGAACGCUUCAAAGCUCUUAAGAGUUGGACGUCAACAAGUCCACCGAAUGAAUCAAUCUAUACGGUUCGACGUCAUUAUCGCAACAGUAGCACAUCAUUGGAUGAAUUCGAAUCACAUACACCAAAGCUGCGAUCUCAUCGUUUACGACUUGCCUUGUUGCUGACAUCUUUGCUAAUUCUAUUCCGAUGGUGGAUGUUUCCCAUACGACAUGGAAAACUGCGAGAUCAACCUAUAUAUGAGCAACCAAAGGCGUGCCAGGCCAAAAUGUGCAAUCCGGCCGGGCGGUGCUCUACAUGGUCUACAGCUUCUGGUGCUGUAAACUGGACUGGUUUGGUAGAAAACGGCCUUUAUAGAGAUCUUGGAAAGAUAAAUGUGGAUCCAGGAUGUGAGGUUGAACUUAGAGUAGACGGUGAAGGCCCUCGCCCAGAGCAAGGGUGGAUGCGGAUGGAAGGAAAUACGUCGUGUGUGGAUGAAUAUGGACAGACUGGAUGGGUUCCAGAGUGUCGCAAUUUAGUAUCCAUGCAAGUCAAAGAUCGAUAUAACGAAGAGAUUGUGAUGAACCAUAUACCAUCUAGUGUGGAUCCUUUUGAUAUUACUCUUGUCACCCAGUUCUCUGUCAAUAGACUGAAUACAUUUAACAAGGUGCUUGACGUGUGGAAAGGUCCUAUUUCUAUAGCUAUCUACCUUACAGAAGAAGGAGAUAUUGAUGAGCUCGACGAAUUCUUAAAGAUUCCCGAAAACUUCAAGGCGUAUGAACAUAUUCAUCUCACACUUGUAAAACCUCCUUAUAACACGCUAGAUCGGCUCGCCUAUCCAAUUAAUCACCUCCGAAACCUUGCAUGGGCUGCCUCAACUACCGAUUAUAUCCUCGUCAUUGAUGCUGAUUUUGUACCUUCUCCUAAUCUACACAAUUUUCUCCAAGAACAGUACACUCGGAUGUCAAAAUCACCCAAGAUUGCUUGGGUUGUACCUUGCUUUGGUCUCGUAUCAGACUACCCGAUACCUACCAAAGUCAGCACUAUACGUAAUGCUCUUGAUAACAAAAAGGCCUACAUAACUGAUCCAGGUGCAGGACAUGGCCCGACACUUUACCGCCAGCUUGGUUUAUCGCAUGGAUUUCAUGUGUAUGAUGAAGUGUGCUAUGAAUCCCAAUGGGAGCCCUAUUAUGUGAUAAGUCGACAUACUCCUAUGUAUGAUGUCCGGUUCAAGAACCAAGGUGGAGACAAACAAUCCCAUGCUCUUCAGCUUAAUUCAGAGCAAUACACUUUCCGAGUCUGGAGAAAUGUCUUUCUAGCUCACCAAGAACACACUAGCAUGGUGUGGCCUGGCCAAGGAAAGAUUGAACCCCCAGAAUGGAAUUACUUUGGUGGAUUCAUGCGAGAAAUGGAGUCUAUCUAUGGUCCCAACGUACGGUGGCCGCGAGGAUGUAAUGCAGCAGGUGUGGGAUGGCAGGAUCAAGGGCGGCCUACGCUGGGUUUAGGCGUGAUUAUGGCCUAA